AUGGCGAAGCAAACUGGUCGCGAGCAGGAACAGCUACAACAGAAAUUACAAGCUGAAGUAGAGAAGUAUAAGGAGCUACAAAAUGACGUUCAAAAAUCGGUCUCCUCGAGAAACCAACUCGAUGCUCAAUUGAAUGAAAAUCAAAUCGUUAAAAAUGAAUUAGAUAGGCUGGAUAGCAGCAAUAAUGUUUACAAGUUGAUUGGGCCUGUAUUGGUCAAGCAAGAUCUAUUAGAAGCAAAGCAAAACGUUCAGAAGCGGAUUGAAUAUAUAGAAAAUGAGAUCUCUAGGCAAGAAAAGACUACCAAGGAUUUGAAGAAAAAGCAAGAUAGUAUUCGAGAGGAUGUUACUAAUCUACAACAGCAAUUUCAAAAGGCUCAGUUAAGAGCAGCUGGAGUCAGAUAA